AUGAAUCAUUCAACUGUCACAUCAUCUCCAAAUGCAUCCCUUCCUGAUUAUUUUGGAAUUAUUUUCAGUAAAAUCAUAAUUAAUGAUAAAGUAAUGGAUCUCUAUUUCAAUAUGAUUCUAAUACCCCGUGGUCGUUGGGUUGUCCUUGAAUUUUCCAUAUCAGUAAGAGAUUAUUAUACGCUUCGAGGACGUGGUUUAUUAUUUGGUCUUAAAUCUGAAAAUACAGUGGCAUUUAUUGAUGUUGAAGUUAAAGAAUUGUCGCCAAUUACAGAUUCUUCUUAUACACUUUUAAUAAUCAGACCAAAAAACCACAUUGUGAGAUAUAUUGAAGAAAAUAGUCAAUCUUUCAUUACAUUGCUUGCUAAUAUUGGAGGUUUAUAUGCUGGAUUAACGGCAUUAUACACUUUAUGUUUCGGUUCCAGAAGACUUUCUCCAUGGAUUUUAAAACGUCAUUUUGCAAGACAUUACGUUUCUAAAGCAGGUAUUCCAUUUGUUGAAGAUCCACGUAAAUUACCUCCUGAUACUUCUAUUGAACAUCGAGUUGCUGUGUUAGAAAAUAUAUUAAAAGAAUAUUACCUCGAUACAAGCUACUUAGAAUUAUUAAAGAAUACACGUGAAAAAUAUAUUGCCUUUAAUAAAACUUAUCAAGAACUUGGCGAAACAAAUACUGAUGAUGACAUUAGUGAUGAAGAAAAUAAAAAUUAA